AUGCCCGACAGCAACAGCUCCGCAUCGACGCCGGACCACGCGGCGACGUCCCGCCGCCGCCCGAUCCCCCGCAAGGGCCACACCAAGUCGCGCGCCGGCUGCCCCAACUGCAAGCGCCGCAAGGUCAAGUGCGACGAGGUCGCCCCGGAGUGCGGCCCGUGCCGACGCCUCGGCCUCGGAUGCGAGUACGCCGGAGGCAGGGCCGGGCCCGUCGUCGCCGUGACGCCCCCGGCGCCGGCUCCCCUCCCGUCCGCGGCCGCCGCGCCGACGUCCACCGGCCCGUUCGACAUGUCCGACCUGCGCUUCUUCCAGCAUUUUCUCCUCUGUGCGUACCCGCCGCUGCCCAUCGGCGGCUGGUCCGUCUGGCAGCUCGUCUCGCAAAUGUCCCACGAGGUGAGCGGCGUCCCCAGCAUGCAGCUGCCGACCACGUCUAACGUGAGCCCGCAGUACGAAUUUCUGGUGCACGCCAUGCUGGGCCUCGGCGCCUCGCACCUCAGCCUGCUCACGCCGGCGGGCUACGUCAAGGACGCGCUGCGGCACCGCGUCGCCGCCAUCAAGCUGCUCAACGAGUUCCUCGCGCGGGGCCCGCACACGACGGCCAACGUCGACGCCGCGUUCGCCGCCAUCCUGUCGCUGACGUACCAGGCCGCGCACAUGCCUGACGGGCUGUACGACUUUCUCACCAUGACGCGGGGGUGCUUCCUCGUCGGGUCCCUCGUGGGCGACGAGUUUCGCUCUUCGGCCUUUCGCACGUUUGAGCGCGAGUCGUACGUCGAGCGCGCCGUCGAGGUCGUCACGCGCGAGCCGCACCACUUUCUCGACGGGGACCUGGUGGACGGCUUCUGCGCGAGCCUCGAGCGGCUGGGCCGCAUGUGCCAGAGCGUCGCCGAGGUGCAGUACCUGGCCAUGAUGCGGCAGAUUGCCAGGUCCUUCAACACCGAUGUGACUGAGAGCUAUCGCCAGCACACGUUCCUGUACGAGCGGCUGGGCCACCUGACGGCGGAGGAGUACGCCUCGUUUGUGGACCCGCGCAACGACACGGCUCGCCUCGUCAUCGCGCACAUGCUGGUGCUGGACUGCAUCAUGUCCGGACGCGUCGAAGGGACCGACGAGCGGCGGCCCGAGGCGGCGGGACUGCACCGCUACGACUCGCGCAACGUCAUGGUGUGCGUCUGGGUCGGCGACAUUUACGCGAGCCUGCCCCCGGAGCUGCGGUCUUACGCCGAGUGGCCGGCGCAGUUCGCGCGCAACCUGACGAGCCUCUUUGACGUCGACACGAGCUUCUGGCGGGAGGGAGGAGCCAAGAUGCCGCGCCUAGAGUGCGCGGAGCAGUUUGUACAAUAA